GAACCAUGGUUCCUUCAAACAAAAAUAAUAAUAACAACCAAUUAUACUAGACAAAUUUAUUUUAUCUUCUUAAAUUGUAAACAUACACUAAACAAAGAUUUGAAAAGCAGAGGACAUUUCCAUCACAGUUAGCUAGCAUAUUAAAUCUUCUAAAAAGCAAAGUUUACUAUGUUAUUUAUCAUUUUUAUAACCUAUACAAUUUCGGAUAAUCUUAAAAUUGCAACCCAUAUUUCAUGGCUUGAAAUAAUGCAUAUCGAAUUACAGUAUUGAAUAUGCAAAAGUCAUGCAGAAUUUUGUAAAUUAACAUAAAUUUUCAUAACUAAUCUGAAGCAAUAAUAUUUUGUACAAACUAUAGGUGAAUGAUUCUCUAAAAUUUUAGCCUGGUUAACUGCUAAACAUUAAACCUCUUGCUAAUCUGGCAUGAAUGGAUCUACCAAUAAUGAGACGAUAUUGGGUUUAAUGUGAUGUUCAUUUCGCCAUUACUAGAUGUGUUGAUCAAUUUAUAGAGCAUUAACGUAUAAAUGAGUUAUAAUUAACCUCAUUAUACAAUUUUUACUCUUUAAAAGAAUUAAUUUAAUUUUAAUAUUUGUGAUGCUUGAAAUAUUUUAUGUAUGAUUUAGAGGUAUACUUAUUAUUUGUGACAUUAAUGGUAGUUGGUUCAAAUAUAGUAAACUUCACUAGGUAGUCAAAAUCGAAAACCAAAAAACGGUUACUCCGGAGCAAUCCAAACCACACUUUAAAAUAAACAAACCGACAUCAUUUAAGAAUUUUUAACGAAAAGCCCCAACACUUGGGCAAAAUUCUCAAUCUCAAACCCUUAAAACGACUUAACACAGAAUCUCCAGUUUAUACUAAUAACCAUGAAACAGAAUAAUUAACUAAUCUAACUUGACUCCUCACGAGCUUUCCGAUAUCCCGACGACGCUGGUACUGCUGCUCGCCUCGCCCUGCUUCUUCUCAUGAUCCACUUCUGCUAGACUAUCCUCAACCUGGUGAGUGAGAAGGGGUCAGUCUCGUCGUUACUUCCUAAGGUUUUUGCCCGUGCCAAACUCCUUACUAAACACAUUAUUAGGGGAAUGCCUUCCUUAGACGAAAGUCGUUCUCACUUUCAUCCUUUAAACUUUACUAUCAAACACUCUAUGAGAGAUCUCUACUCCUAUCUUAUCUUUAGAAUUUUUCUUACUUAUAUUCUUAAUCCAAAGACACCAACACAAGGGACCACCGCGUUACCUCUCGUUGUCCGGUGUCCCUACCCUAGUAUGCCAACCGCGUUACGUCUCGCCGUCCCGUUGCAUACCCAAACUCGGCAAUGGCACUGCGUUACGUCUCGCCGUCCAGUCCAUGCCCGUCAACUACUGCGUUACGUCUCGCCGUCUAGUAGUGGCCCAAAUAUACUCGAUCAACUGCUGCGUUACGUCUCGCCGUCCAGCAGUGAUCUGACCAUCUACUGCGUCCAGUAGUGGCCCAACUGCCAGGGGGUUCCUCAUACCAUCAACCAUACAAACAUACAUUCAUACAUAGCACAACGCGUGCCUCCACCCUUACAGGCGGUGGGAUGCCUCACACCCAUAUCGCGCAUACUAGAAAAAUUAACUAAAUAAUAACUUGAACGAAAGUAGAAACUAAAAGACCUACGACAGAGAUUUUACCGCCUUUACACUCACCUCGAAAAGAAGACUCCUCGAUUCCUUCCUCAAAGAAACCCCUCCUUAGCCCGAUUAUCUUGAGGAAACCUAUUAAUAAGAAUUCAUUUUCUUAGACGACUUUUCUUGAUUUAAAACACCUUUUGAAUCACUAGAACAUCCUCUCCUCAAACUCCAGUCCUUGAACCUCAUUCCAAGGGUCCUUUAACCCCCAUUAAAAUUUUCUAGAAUUAAUUCCUUCAAAAACGACCAUUUUUCUUAAUUAUGUUUAUCUUGGACGAAUUUUUCAUCUAGCUUGAACCUUCUUAUAAUUCUGGACAAUAAUUUUUCCAUGUCAAUCAUGAGCAACUAUACCUUGGAAAAUUAUCAAACCCUUAAAAACCCCUCAGAAAGAUUUUUAUUUAAUUAAAACAAAUAUUAGAAAAAAUUUCUAAAAAUAGAAAUACAUCUUCAAAAAUCCCCAAAUUAAAUUACAAUCAUCUCCUAGACGUCGCUCAAAUUAUAAAAUUGUUAAAUUAAGAAAAAACCUUCAGAGAGGCUCGAAAUAAUUUAAAACAUCUAAAAAUACGUUUCUGGAAAUUCCCAACAGCUUUAGUGACCAAUCAAAAUCUGUCACUAACAGCUUGUUGCUAAAAACCCAGAAUUGCACCCUCACGAAAAAUCACCAAAUCAAUCGACCUAACUCAAAGGGAUAGAGUUCUCGUAUGUCUAGAAUGUGCCUAGUACUAGUUUGGAUGACCCGGGACGUUGAUCGAACCCUCAAACGUCACCCCUAAUAAAAUACGAACUUCGGAUUAGACUAUCAAUAAAUUGAGUUUAGAAAUCGCGAAGGGAUUCGUGAUCCUUACCUAGAAAAACGAAAUGGAUGGGAUUCGGAUUGGGAUUGGAAUUGAGGUCGGGAUGGGGAGUGGCGGUGGCGAGCUUCUACUUCUCGCCUCGUGGCUGCUGCUGCGCCUCUUCACGGCAGGGGAGUGGGGAGGGUUUGCGGUGGGGAGAAAUAAAAGUUUGGGUAGGGUUUUGUUUAGGUGGAGGCUCGGCCCCUAGGGCCGCCCCACUUUGCUUUCUUUAUUUUUUUAUAAAUAAUGUAAUAAUAAUAAUAAAAUUAUUAUUAUUUUUAAUCUGCCGUUGUAACUCUUAUUACGUAACCGUCAAUCCAACCGAUCACGUAUUAAGAUCGAACAUAAAUCUAACAUACCGGGGUGUUACACAGUCUAUAUUGGUGAACUCAUGUUUUAUGGAGAAAUGCGUCAUUUGAUAAAAAUAAAAUAAAAUAUUCUAAAAACAACAUAUAAAAUUUGAAUUAAUGAGUAGUUUUCACAUCAACGUGUGACGGCUCAUAAAGGUUUAUAAAAUACAUUCAUUGUUGAUUAACGGCUCAAAUCAUUCUUGAUUAACUUCAUAGCUAAAAAGUCUUUAUACAGCUUGCAGUAAUAACAAACAACGUCAAUAGUAACUUUAGAAGCAAGUAAAGUGAAGAAAUUGAGAUUUAGCAUCUCUUUGCAAAUGUGUGUUUUUUAGGGGGUUAGGGGGGGGAGAUUUUUUUGGUCUAAAAAUUUGAGGAAGGGGUUGAAAGUUGAAACUCAUAAAUUGAAUAUGAGUAUUGAACAUUUGGAAGCGAUAUAUAACUCUUAAAUUAGUAUUAAAUUUUAGCUGGUUGACCAAUAGCCUUAGACCUCUUGCUAAUAUGGCAUGAUUGGAUCCAAUAAUCAUAAGAUGAGAUUUAGUUUGAUAUGCUGGUUCAAAACAAUUUUUAUGUGUAAUUAUUUGUACGACAAAUACACGUAAAUAAGUGAAGGUAAACCUGAUUAUGCAUUUUGAUUCUUUUGACAAAUAAAAUGGUUUAAGUGAUGAACUAACUAUACACUCACUCAAUUGGUUUAACGAUUGUUGUUUUUAUCACUUUUAGUAAUUAGUUUAUUCACAGGCUAGCAAACUACUUUGCUCCAUCGAGGAAUAAGUGACCAUAUGUUCCCCAAGUUUUAGGUGCUCUGAUUCACACUAUCGACUGUGAAUGGAUAAGAAGCAUUUCGAACGCAAAAUUGGAGAAAUAAUUGAGAUGUUUCUAUGUUUCUCACUAUCCAAGCGGUGUGAAGAAAGAGCAAGGGAAGGGGGAGAGUUGUGAGAUACAAAGCUCAGAGACAGAUGGAAGCACAAAUGAAAAAAGAAAGAGGAAGACAAAAGAGAGUGAGAUGACACAUUUAAAAGAGGGGGAAAAUGAUGUAGUGUGCAAUAAUUGUCAUUGUCCUUUGCUUAGAGGAUUAUAUUAUAUAUUUGACAGAUUUUUUCCACUUCAAUAAAAAAUCCUAAAUCAGUAUUAUUAUUUGGAUGAUUUUUCCCCCUUAAUACGAUUAUUGCAAUUUCUGAGAUUUAAAGGGUAUUUGAUAAAGUCAACAUUUUAGUAGUUUUUAUUGAAGUUUGAAAGAAAAGAUCGUACGUAUCGACGAUUCGACCAUAAAACUUCACACCAUAGGCUAAAUUGGUAGGUGAUAUUUAGGAGUAUGAAAUGGUUGAACCAUAGUUAAAUUAUGACUUCAGUAUAAAAUACUCUACUACCAACUUUUUCUAUACGAUUUUACAAUCAUUUGGUUCAAAUAAUUCUUUAACACUAGUGGGAACAAAAGUUUUAAAGCACAUUUUGAACAAUCUAUUGCAAAAAAAAAAAAACAUAAGUGAGUUAGCGAUAACGAGAAUAUGCGAUCUCAUUCAACCCAAAUGAUACUUUGCAACUUAUUAUCUUUUUAAAAUAAAUGUAUGCUACUCAUACCCUCAUUCAUCAACUUAAUUAGUAACAUAUAUUUCAUGUAAUAUGAUUUUCAUAGGUUUUUAUUUAUUGAAUUAUCUCGUGAAAAAAAUAUUUGCUCCAUGAAAAUUAUUACAUUAUUGUUAGACAUGUCUGCGAUCUGAGAAUAAUUUGGGAAAUUCAUA